UUCCCAAUUCUACAAUGGUCAAGCAGCAGAGCGUUUCGCAGAUGAAAGCGCGGCUGAGCGAGCUCCGCAAGACAAACCAGCGCCAGUCCGAGCUUGUGCUCGAACUCGCGGAGGCCAUCCAGUCGGGACAAGGCGCGCGUUCGCUUGCUGCUGCGUUCAGCGAUGAGGCUGAGCGAUGGGACGUCCUCGAGCAGGUCGCACGCGCUGCAAUGGACUGCGGCAGAGCGCGUCCGACGCGCGGCGAGGAAGAGUCGCUCGCUGCCACACUCGUCAAGCAGCUCGCAGCUCGAUUCCCAGAGAGCAACCGCGUCAAGCUCCUGCAAGGCGAGCUGUUUGAAGCGCAAGGCGACUGGGCCGGCGCCACGCAACUGUAUGACGAGUUGCUGACCGAAACUCCGAAUCAUGCUGCCGCCACCAAGCGAAAGGCCGUCAUUUUCAAAUCCCGAGGAGACAUCCCGAAGGCCAUCUCUGUGCUCGCAGCGUAUGUUCAACAGGCCAUGGCGGACUACGAGGCCUGGGUCGAACUCUCCGAGUUGUAUCUAUCGCGUGGCGAUUUCCAACGUGCUGCUUUUUGCUUUGAAGAACUCAUCUUGUCAAACCCAUUGAGCCCUGUCUAUCACAUCCGCUACGCCGAGACUCUCUACACAAUGGGAAGCUUGGAAAACCUCCAGCUUGCACGAAAGCAUUACGCCAACGCAUGCAAGAUCCAGCCCGAUGAUGCACGCAGCUUGCUCGGAUUGUACAUGACAUGCUCUGCUCUCAACAGCGAAAAGUUUAUCAAGCAACGAACGCCCAUCAAUGAGGAGCUGGAAGCAUUUGCCGUUUCUCGUCUCAAGCAGUUAUACUCCAAGCAAGCCUCGGCACCACAACUCGAGUGCCUUAAUGAAACCUUUUCGAAAAUGGCUUUGACCACCUCUUCCUGACGCCCCAGAGCGUUAUGUUUGAAAGAGGGGCGGCGCAUGUUUUUUUUUGGAAAUUUGGCGCUAGGUGGCUUGUUGUGAACGUUGUAAAACAAUUUAAUGAAAACAAAAAGAAAAAAAAAGAAAAAGAAUGAAA